AUGUCCCAAAGUGAAUAUUUAUUCCGAGUGUUCUUUACUCACACCAAAGAUUGUUUUAUUCAAUUACCAGAGCAAUUGAUUGUAAAUAAUCCAGAAUUUAAUGAAAAGACCAGUGAGUCUGUUCAUGUAUUUAGAAUUAUCGGAAAGUCAUCUCCACAAUAUAUUGCUUGGAGUUGGCAUACACAUAAACUCGGAGCUGAUAACAUUGGGAUUCCUUCAACAUUGGCGAAUUGUUUGCAAAUUCAAGAAGAUGAUACACUUCGGAUACAGCAAUUAACCAACGUUCCUGUUUGUGAGAAGGUAUUUGUGAGACCAGCAACGGUAGAUGAUUCAGAAAUUUUAGAAUUUAACCAGAGCAGCAUUGAAGAGGAUUUGCUGUCCCAAGUUAGAAUUGUUCAUAAGAAUAUGAGUUUUCCAUUAUAUGUGAAUAACAAUAUUAUUAUAACUUUGAACGUUUAUCAAUGUGGAUCGAAUGAGAAUGAUGACAAUGUUUAUAUCAUCAAUAGAGGAACUGAAUUUAUUGUGGAAACAAGAACUCAGUUUGAAGAGACAAAAACCGAAAAAAAGUUUCAUUAUGUUAAAGCGAAAUUAGAAAAGGUAUCUAGCGUUUGUGAUAAAAUUGACAGUAAUGGCAAAUCAUUCGACGAGUCUCAUGAUGAUGAUAGAUUUGUCUACAUUACUGAAGAUAUUGCUUCCGAAAUUGGACUUGAAAAUGGCGACAUAGUUCAAAUAUUACACUUAAUUUUCAUUCGAAAAAACAUUGUUAAAGAUGACACUCAACAACAAACUCAAGAAGAACCUAAAAAUGCACUCGAGGCAAUGAAAGAGUUUGAAGAAAAGAAGGAGAGAAGAGUAAUUUAUGCUAGAGCCAUAGUUUUGAACAAAUCACUUACCGAAAAUCUCUGCUAUAUACCAACUGUUUUUGCCGGUAAACAUCUCACUUGGAUGCUAGGCGCAAUAGAGCAUGCAACAGUGUUUUUGAGAUACAUCGAAGAACCCAUGUAUCCUAACCAUGCACAUACCAUUUAUGUGAGACCUUUAUGGAAUCAUACAUUCACUAAUGAGGACCAAAUAAUGUCUCUAAACAUGGCUAACAACCCUCUAAUAAUUGACUCGUUUGCAGAAUGGAUCAAACAACGCAAAACUAGUUCCAUUCUCACUGUUCCUUCAUUGAUAUUUGGUCAACGAAAUGUAAUUGAACUACCUCGAUUUGGAAAAGUCAUACUCAGUAUUAAUGAAAACAUUAUCAUUCCAUCAAAAGCACAAGAAGACGAAGACGAAAUUCCGACAUUUUCCGAGUUUGUUGGCAAGUCUUCAGUAGAAAACAUGUACUUAUUAACAGGAGACGAACCUACAUACAAUGUUUUUCCAAUAGAAGAACCUAUUCGAUUGGAGCACCGACAUUCCAUUUAUUCACACAUUCCUGACAUUGUUGAAAUUACUGAGAUUAACGAGCAAAUGGAAAUGAUGCUCAAUCGUCUCAAAGUUGAGUUUUCAUCUCAGGCAAUACCAUAUAAGACUCGCUUAAACCUGUCUCCUCGAUCACACUGUAAUGUGAUAAUCUCUGGUACUGUUGGUAGUGGAAAAACAUACUAUGCAAAAUCAUUGGCUCGCCAUUGCAACGUUUAUACUGUUUAUAUUUCAUGUGGAUCAAUUGCUGGUGAUAGAGUUGACACAUUGAGUGCCAAACUGAACAGCUAUGCCCAAGAAGCAAUGAUUAAUUCUCCUUCGAUCAUUAUUUUCGAUGACAUUGAAACAAUCUGUCCUCUUGAGCAAGAUGAAGUUUUCCCAGAUAUUAAUGUAAGAGUGGUGGCAUCGACAGUUAUUGAAAUUUUGAACGCUCUUUCUGCAUUUAGCACCAGUCACGAAAAACGAGUGAACGUAAUAAUGGCAUGCAAAUCUUUAGAAGAAACACACAGCAUUAUUCAAAAUAGCAGACUCUUUGAACAUAACUUUUUACUGAGUGUUCCAAACAGAGAGCAACGUAAAAAGAUUUUCAAACGAUUUUUAGAGUUUGUUCCAGAUCCUUCCCUGAUAGGCCAGGAAGAGGUUUUUAACUUUUCCAUGUACCACAUCUCUGAACAAACUCUGGAAUAUAUCGUUGACAAAACAGAAAAUUACUCACCUGUUGAUGUUAGAAAUAUUUUGGAGAAGAUGAUUAACGUCAAGUUGCAAGGAAUGAUCGAAAGAGGUCUUUUUGAACAUUUAAAUUCUAAUAUGGAGUUGACAAUUCAAGAUUUCCUCAAUGCAUCCAAAGACUUUAUCACACACUCAACAGAAGGAAUUAAAUUAACAAAGAGCACUACUUCCUUCUCAGAUAUUGGAGGCCUAAAAGAAGUGAAAAAUAUUCUCACAGAGACUUUUAUCUUCCCCACCAAAUAUGCUUCCUUAUUUGAAAAUGCUCCAAUCAAGUUAAGAUCUGGUCUUUUAAUUUAUGGUCCUCCUGGAUGUGGUAAGACCUUCCUCGCGAGUGCUGUUGCUAAAGAAUGUGGACUUAAUUUCAUUUCGAUCAAGGGCCCAGAGUUGUUAAACAAAUAUAUUGGUGCGAGUGAACAAGCUGUUAGAGAUGUUUUCAUGCAAGCGGCAUCAGCUAAACCGUGCAUUAUUUUCUUUGACGAAUUUGAUUCAAUUGCAGCUCAGAGAGGACACGAUAAUACAGGUGUUACAGAUCGAGUGGUGAAUCAAUUUUUAUGCCAAUUGGAUGGAGUUGAAUCAAGAUCAGGAGUGUAUGUAUUGGCUGCCACUUCUAGACCUGAUCUUAUUGAUGCAGCCUUGUUGAGACCUGGUCGUCUUGAUAAGUCUGUAUGCUGUGACCUUCCUUCUGAACAAGAACGAGAAGAAAUCUUGCAGGUCAUUAGCCGCAAGCAGACAAAUAUUACAUUAAGUGAAGAUGUGAGCUUUAAAGAAUUGGCAACACUUACUCCCAACUAUACAGGGGCAGACUUACAGGCCCUAUUUUUCUCUGCCACGUUAAUUGCGUUCAGAGAUCACUCUCAUCAAGAUGCCAACGCAAAGAAGAAGGAUGUUCUUUUUUCUAACUCUGAUAACGAUUUUUUCACGCUUCUCAAUACCAACAAAAGUGAUGCAAAGAAAGGAAAGACCUCCCAAAAUGUUGCAUCUGUUGUGAGUGACGAAUUGAGCCAACAAAUGAAACAUAUUCAGUCGAGUCUAAGAAAAUUUGCAAAUCAAGAACAGGAAACAAAGAAGAUAGAUUCACACGCCGACGUGGUCCGUAUCAAUAGGGAACAUUUUAUGGAAUCUCUUUCAACAAGUAGAGCCUCAUUGAGUCAGGACGAUAUUGACAGAUUUGACUACAUUUAUUCGAGUUUUAGAGGUCAAUCUGAUGAAGAUUACAUCAAAAAGUUACUUAAUCAACAAAAACGAGUAACUUUAGCUUAA